AUGGCCGGUGUCACCACCAACACCGUCGCCCUUGUGGCACUCCUCUCCAUGCUCGUCACGUCCGUCCGUUCCGGCACCACCUACAGCUCCACCUGGCUCCCCGCCAAGGCCACCUGGUACGGCAAGCCCAACGGCGCCGGCCCCGACAACGGCGGUGGUGCUUGUAACUUCAAGAACAGCCAGAAGGCACCAUUCUUCUCCAUGACGUCCUGCGGCAACCAGGCUUUGUUCAAGGACGGCGCCGGCUGCGGCGCCUGCUACCAGAUAAAAUGCAACAAGAAUAACUACCCCGAGUGCUCCAACGUGGCGAAGACGGUCGUCAUCACCGAUAUAAACGACGGCCCCAUGGCCAAGUACCACUUCGACCUCAGCGGCACGGCGUUCGGUGCCAUGGCGCUUCCAGGCCGGAACGCCCAGCUCCGCCGCGCCGGCAAGAUCAGCAUCCAGUUCAGGAGGGUGCCCUGCAACUGGCCGGGCGUGAAGAUCACCUUCUAUAUCCUCAAGGGUGCCAACCCAUACUACUUCCCGGUGAUGCCAGAACACCUCAACGGAGAUGGGACCGUGGUCAAGAUGGAAGUCAUGCGGUCCAAGGACGGCCGCCCCACCAAGAUCUGGGAACCCAUGUACCGCUCCGUGGGCGCCGUCUGGAGGCGCGACUCCGGCAACCCGCUCAAGGGGCCAUUGUCCUUGCGCAUCACCAGCGAUUCCGGCAAGAAGCUCAUCGCCAACAAUGUUAUCCCGGCUGGAUGGAAGGGCGGCAACGGAUACACGUCCAAAGUUCAGUUCUAUUGA